UGAGAGAGGGCUGCUAAGUCAAUAAUAGGUUCUCUGAAUAGCUCUGCGCUUUUUCCCCAAGGAGAGAACUGAGAAAACAAACGAACUGAGAAAACAAACGAACUGAGAAGACAGCCUGUAACGAUUCGAUCAGAAUGCUGCAAGGCGACAAAUCUCCCAUGGGGAAAUGGGUCGCCUCAUCAUUCAUCCUAACCAUAUUCCUCUUCUUCUCCAUUGCGGAAUCCACCAACAAUUCUCAGGUUCGAUGUAGCAAAACAUGUGUAGCAGAGAACUGUAAUUCAAUUGGAAUUAGAUACGGGAAAUAUUGCGGAGUAGGGUGGAGUGGUUGUCCAGGGGAGAAACCUUGUGAUGAUCUAGACGCCUGCUGUAAGAUUCAUGACGAAUGUGUAGAGAAAAAUGGUAUGACCAAUGUUAAAUGUCAUGAGAAGUUCAAGAGAUGCAUAAAGAAAGUGCAGAAGUCUGGGAAGGUCGGGUUUACUAGAGAUUGCCCCUAUGAUGUAGCUGUUCCAACGAUGGUACAGGGUAUGGACAUGGCUAUUAUGUUUAGCCAACUUGGAAACUCGAAGCUUGAACUUUGAUCAUUUCACUCUGCUAGCGGGAAACCGUAUACUUGAAAUGCUUGCAUUAACCAUUGCUUGCUGAUUCAAUUGUACAACAGGAAUGUUAUUCAUCUCUUUUUAGGUGCUUUUCCUUUUUCAGAGGUCCAUUUUGUAUUAGCGCCAAAGACGUAGCUAUUCAAUUGUAAAGGUUUAUCAGUGGAGGUUUCUGUAUGUUUCUAAUUGGUACCACUGUUUAGUGGUUUUUGAAUAGGAAGAGACUUGACAAAUUCAUGUUGAUUGGCUGCUGGAUAAGCUGCAUAUUCGAGACACCUGCUAGUUUUGCUCAGAUUUAGGGGAAUGGAUCAGAUUUUCCCCCCUACAACAAUAA